AUGCCGCCCAGAUUACCUCUUGCCCAAGCGGCGAGGUCCUGCCGCGCAUCCCUCACCACAGCCACGACGACCCCCAUAAUCUCAUCUGCAGCAUCCAUCACAACCCUCCUUGGCACCUUGUCCUUGCAAACCCGCCGUCAGGCCUCGAUCCUCGCCAACUUGAGGGACAACCCGGGCGCUUAUAACAAGCGGAAGCGUGUGGGACGUGGACCGUCAUCCGGCUACGGAAAGACCGCCGGUCGAGGUCAGAAAGGUCGCAAGGCGCGCGGCUCCGUAAACCCUUGGUUUCAGGGUGGACAGACUUCGCUUUUGGGGGUCUGGGGUAGGAAAGGAUUCGUGAACCACCGCGCAGAAGACCUUGCCGAGGUCAACCUGGACCGGUUACAAGCAUGGAUCGAUUCCGGCCGCAUUGAUGCUACCAAGCAGAUUACGCCUCGGGAGAUGGUACGCAGUGGCCUCGCGGCCCGCGGCAAGGACGGCAUCAAGAUCAUCGCACGGGGCUCGGAGAAGCUCAAGACCCCCAUAGACAUUGUCGCCUCGCGCGUCUCUGCCAGCGCCAUAGACGCCAUCGAGGCUCUGGGCGGUAAGGUCCAGACGCGCUACUACACAAAGCAAACGAUCCAGCGACUGGUACGCGGCGAGAUGGUCCAUACGACGGAACCCCUGCCCGUCGGUGCCGAGCACGUAGAGAGGAUCUUGGCCGAGCGCAAGAGCCAGCACAAGCACUUGUACCGCAUGCCCGACCCUACUUCCCGUUGGGACAUUGAGUACUACAGAGACCCGGCGCACAGGGGCUAUCUGAGCUACCAGCUGGCUCCUGGCGACUCUCCCAGUUUGUUCUUCAAGGUGCCUAAAACCUUUGCACCCAAGGUGGAGAACAAGGAGGAGGGUGAACAAAAGAAGAAGAAGGAUUUGGGAGACAACAAGAUGUGGUGA